AAAAUUACAGGAUAAAUUUGUCUUGAAUUUGAGUGUUCCGUACAUUUUCCAUGCCGUCGACGACAUGAUCAAGGAGCGGUUUAAGGAGUACCGCAGUGAUUUACACCAGCGGUACAAGUGGUGCAGGAGCCUCGAGGAGGCCGUAUUGACCGCACCGCCGCACGUGACCAUUGACGAUUGGCGGAUACUCUGUGAGAGAUUUUCGUCUGAGUCUUUUCAGAAGAGGAGCAAAAUAAAUUCUGCGAACAGGGGAAAGUUGGAAGUGAACCACAUAGCUGGUUCAAAGUCAUUUGUACAACUUCGUCGCGACAUGCGAGAUUCCGUCACUGGACAGGAGCCCGGACCAGUAAACUUCUACAGAGAGACUCAUUGUCAGCAGGCGACGGGAUCUUGGGUACAUCCUACAGCCAGCGAGAAUUGGGCGGCGAUGGACUCCAUACGCAGUCAGCCCACUCCCGAUGGUACUCAGCGGAGUGAGCCAGAUAUCCUGAGCGAGGUGCUUGGCACAUGUUCUGGAUAUGUGCGUGGGCUUGGCCAUGGUGCCAAGCUCAUGGCACCCGCUAGAGUUGCAUCCAGCCGAUCCGUCGCUGGCGAGAGCGCCAUACGCCGAGCUGAUAUCGCAGAGAAAGAGGUUCAACAUCUACGGGGUGCCGUCGACGAGAUCAAAGACCAACUGACGAGGUAA